CCCUAAUUUGAUUUCCUCACUCCUCCGGGUCCUCCCGCAUUUCUCAAUUUCCGAUGGAGAACUGCCCCUACCCGGACUCCCGCGACUCCUCCCCUCGCUCCCGCGAAAUCGACUGCGACACCCCCUCAUGGGACGACCAACCCCCUUCCUCCGCCUCCUCCUACAAAGUCAAGUUCAUGUGCAGCUACGGUGGCAAAAUCCAGCCCCGCCCCCACGACCACCAGCUCGCCUACGUCGGCGGCGACACCAAAAUCCUCACCGUCGACCGCAACAUCAAGCUCUCCGCUUUCAUCUCCAAGCUCUCCUCCCUCUGCGACACCUCUAACGACGACGUUUGCUUCAAGUACCAGCUCCCCGGCGAAGAUCUCGACGCUCUCAUCUCCGUCACCAACGACGAGGACCUCGACCACAUGAUGAUCGAGUACGACCGGCUCUACCGCGCUUCCGCUAAGCCCGCCAGGCUUCGACUCUUCCUCUUCCCUUUUGGCACCAACCCUUCCGCUAGCUUCGGCUCCAGCGAGACCAAGUCCGAGCGCCAGUGGUUCGUCGACGCUUUGAAUUCCGUUCAGAUAGGGUCUCCCGAUGGCUCCUCUCCGACGGCUCCCGUCACGUCCUCGCCGACGAACCCCGAUUUCUUGUUCGGAUUCGAUAAGGGAUACAAGGCUGUGCCGGUUCCGAAAUUUCCCGACUCUGUCACUCCGCCUACGGUUCCCGAUUCGCUUGUGAAAAGCACUCUGGUUGGAUCUGAGGAUCGCCACACCGGAGAACCGGUGAUAUCUCCGGCGGAGAUUCAGAGGCAGAUCCAGGAGUUGCAGAGGUUGCAAAUCGCUGCCAAUCACGAGCCGACCACCAUAUAUCACCGGAAAAGCGACGAAAUGGGAAACCCUAGGGGUUACACCGGCGAUUAUUACACACAAAAACUUCCAGACAACAUUCAACCGGCGCAAGGAUCGUCUCCGGUGGCAAUGCCACCGCCUAUGCAAUUUUCAACUGCGUAUAUGCCAGAAAGGCAUAUGAACACUGGGGGUUAUCCGGUGACGGCUGCCCCAUCUGGACCGGAGCAGCCCGUUUAUCUCAUUUCGACUCCGACCGGUGUGUACCAGGCUCCCGCUCCUAGACCGGCAACUGGACCAGUUGGUCAGGCAUACUAUGGAGUACCGCAGAGGAUGGCACCAGAGGUGUACCGGGACGCUCAGGUGUACAAUAAUGCAGUGGCAGCACAGCAAGCACAACAAAUUCAGCAAGCACAACAAGGUCAGCAAGCUCAGCAGGCACACCAAGCUCAGCAGGCGCAACAGGCUCAGCAGGCGCAACAGGCUCAGCAGGCACUACAGGCUCAGCAAGCUCAGCAGGCGCAACAGGUUCAGCAGGCACUACAGGCUCAGCAAACUCAGCAGGCACUACAGGCUCAGCAGGCACAACAGGCAAAGAUUGCAGCUUAUAGUGAAGGGUUUGCACCGGUUGGGUAUGACGCCGUCGGGAGGCACGUAUACUACACUGCAGCUGGAGGUGUCGUUUCUUCAUACCAGACGGUGGCUCCGGUGGCUGUAGAUGCAAGACAAGCUGCUGCUGGUGUAUUGAAUCAAAUUCAAGACGGUAAAGUUGUUGUUUCCAUGGCACCCCAAGCGUCUACUAAUUGACAAAAAUAAAUAAUAAAUUCAUAUAUAAUGUGUUUGUUGUUUUGUCUUCUAAUGGUUCUAUAGUUUAAAUAAGAAGAAAUAAGAAUCUAAUUGUAUGGCUUUGUGGUGGAUACAUCUCUCUGGUUUUGAAAUUGGAACCUUUUGGGUUGUUCUGCUAUGACAAUUCACAUUGUUUCUUGUGUAUAUAAGCAAUUGUUUUGGUGCAAA